UAAUAAACCCUUAUCCACUCCGCAUUCCUUUUUCUCUUGUGGUGUCUCAAACCAUCCAAUCCUCUCAUUUCUUCUUCUUCUUCUUCUUCUUCUUCUUUCUGAUAUAAACAAAACGCAGAAGUUGGUAUAAUUACGGUGCAACCAUGACCAGCAUAACCAUGAGCUUAACAGCUCGAACACUUGCUACUUCCAAUCAGUGUUCGACACGACAGCAUUUUCCCUUUCAAUUCAGAACCCAUUCCCUGCUCCUUAAACCCUCGCCAAGACGCAGAAAUUGCAGAAUCGUUUGCAUGGCGGAGCCUUAUUUGAUUACAAAACUGGAAUCCGCUGAGAAGACCUGGCAAGAAUUAUCGAUCAAGCUGGGCGAUCCGGAUGUCGUUUCGAAUCAAAGUGAAUACCAAAAGCUUGCACAAUCUGUAGCCGAGCUUAACGAAGUUGUGUCAAUUUACCGGAAAUUUAAGGAUUGUGAGAAGCAAUUAGAAGAAAGUAAAGCUUUAGCGAAAGAGGAAGGAAACGAUGAAGAUAUGGCUGAGAUGAUACAAUUGGAAAUUGACUCUUUAUCGUCUGAACUUAAAGAGCUCGAGGAGAAGCUUAAGCUAUUACUACUACCAAGUGAUCCUCUUGAUGCUAGAAAUAUAAUGCUCGAAGUAAGGGCAGGUACUGGUGGAGAUGAGGCUGGAAUUUGGGCUGGUGAUCUUGUUCGUAUGUAUGAGAAAUACAGUGAGCGGAACUCUUGGAAAUACUCUUCAAUUUCAUGUUCUGAGGCUGAAAAGGGAGGAUACAAAACCUAUGUGAUGGAGGUUAAAGGCACCCGCGUCUACAGCAAACUAAAAUACGAAUCUGGUGUUCAUCGAGUUCAACGGGUUCCUCAGACAGAAACACAGGGACGCGUGCAUACUUCUACGGCAACGGUAGCCAUUAUGCCCGAGGCAGAUGAAGUUGAGGUGGUAAUUGACCCAUCGGAAAUUGAACUUACAACGGCAAGGUCUGGAGGCGCUGGAGGGCAAAAUGUCAACAAGGUGGAAACAGCUGUUGAUCUUUUCCACAAACCAACGGGGAUUCGCAUCUUUUGUACCGAAGAGAGGACGCAGGUCCGAAAUAAGGCCCGCGCUCUCCAGCUUCUGCGAGCAAAACUGUAUGAGAUAAAAGUUAGGGAGCAGCAAGAGUCAAUAAGGAAUGAACGGAAAUUACAGGUCGGUACAGGUGCUCGUGCUGAAAAGAUUCGGACAUACAAUUACAAGGACAAUCGAGUUACCGACCACCGAUUAAAGAUGAACUUUGAGCUCACAUCAUUUCUGGAGGGUGAUAUAGAAAAUGCUGUGCAGGCGUGUGUUACUACGGAGCAGAAGGAACUUCUUGAAGAACUUGCAGAGUCUGUAGGUGCAUCAGCCGGCUGAUCAAUCAGCACCAAUUUGUCACAAAAUUAUUCUGGAAAUCAAAGCUCUUGAAAUAGCAAACAUUCCCUGGGAGAAAAUGCUGCUGUCCAAUGUGAAGGGAAAGAAAAAAUCUUUUUACUGUCACUGUGAUGUUACACUGUAAAUUUUGCCAUAUCCCGCCUAACUUUAAGAUGGGCAGUCACAUUGCAAAGUUAUUUAAUCCUAUUUUUCAUUUGAAAUUACA